GAGUAGUACGUAAGAAUUUUAAGUGAUUGACAAAUACCGGUAUUUUUUUUUCGUUGAUGCGAAUAUUGAUUUUACCAAUCUCGCUAACGAUAUAAUUAAUAUUCCUGGAGACUAAACGUAAUUACUUUGGAAUUGCGUCGUUGAUAAUUCUAGUCUGAUUUUUUAAAAAAAAAGCAAGGCACACCUUGACUGACUGACUGACUGACUGACUUGUCUUUCUUGUGAUAGCGAGUGAAACCGGAGAAGCACACGCGUCUCCGUUAAUUUAAUUAAGUAUUUAUUGUACAAAGGAUUUUUAAAAUAGCUGACACAAUGUCUGUGGACAAAGAAGAAUUGGUGCAGCGUGCAAAGCUCGCAGAGCAAGCAGAAAGGUACGAUGACAUGGCAGCAGCAAUGAAGGCAGUAACCGAGACGGGGGUUGAAUUGUCAAAUGAGGAAAGAAACCUACUGUCUGUUGCUUACAAGAAUGUCGUUGGUGCGAGACGUAGCUCGUGGAGAGUAAUAUCCUCAAUUGAGCAAAAGACCGAAGGCUCUGAGCGUAAACAGCAGAUGGCCAAGGAAUACCGGGAAAAGGUUGAAAAAGAAUUGCGUGAGAUCUGCUACGAUGUAUUGGGUCUUUUAGAUAAAUACCUGAUCCCCAAGGCCAGCAAUGCCGAAAGUAAAGUAUUUUACCUCAAGAUGAAGGGCGACUACUACAGGUAUCUCGCGGAAGUAGCAACUGGUGAAACCAGAAACGCCGUCGUAAAUGACAGCCAGAAGGCAUACCAAGAUGCCUUUGAAAUCAGCAAGGAGAAGAUGCAGCCUACCCACCCAAUCAGGCUAGGUCUUGCGCUCAACUUCUCAGUCUUCUAUUACGAGAUCCUGAACUCGCCAGACAAGGCGUGUCAACUGGCCAAACAGGCGUUCGACGACGCGAUUGCGGAAUUGGACACACUGAACGAGGACAGUUACAAAGAUUCCACACUGAUCAUGCAGUUAUUGCGCGAUAACCUCACGCUCUGGACAAGCGACACACAGGGUGAUGGAGAUGAACCACAGGAGGCUGGCGACAACUAACCCUCCUAAGAUUAAGUCCUACCUUUCUUAACCUAAUAAAUAAAAAAACAUCCUAUUCUCUAUCGUUAUCCCCCGCCCUUGUUCCCAUUCCUUAAAGAGCUCAUGAAUCAUUAGUCCUAACCAUUUAUUAUAAAUCGUUCCAUUUCACCAAAUCCUAAUCAUUUUUCGCGCAAUUCCUGUUCUCUAGACAACACUACUACUGUAACAACUAUCACCAUCAUCAUCUUCAUCAUCAUCAUCAUCAUCAUCAUCAUUAUUAUCGUCAUCAUAAUCAUCAUCACCUCAUUACCGAUGCUGCGACUUUGUUCAACUGUUCCUUCUUAAAUUUUAUUUUAAAAGAUAUCAUUGGCGGACGAAAUUAUAUUUCUCCUAAAUUAAAUUAAUGAACAAAUGUAAAGAUUAAAUAACAGCAGAAUUAACAUCAAUAUUUAUUUAAUAUCAUUAUUUCGCAAUGUAUCCUUGAAUGCGUGCGACGAGGCUAAAAAAAACUAGGGAGAAAAUAUUGAUCUAUAUUAUUACUCUCUCUUCUCUUUCUUACUCUUUUGUUUACCUUAAGAAGAACAAUCUACACAACUAUAAGUGGGUCAAAUAAUUUAUUAAUUAUCAUCAUCAUCAUCAUAUAAUCAUCAUCAAUUUUAAGGUCACGUCGUUGCAAAAAGGAAGAAGAUAUUAUUAUUAAAUUUUCAUCUUCAAAUAAUUUAUUUCCAUCAACAAAUACGAGAAUAGCGACGAUGACCAAAAAAAAAAAAAACUACGAGAAUAAGGUACCAACGACUAUCAAGAUUACUUGUGACGUAGGACCAUUCGUAAAUAAAAAAACAUCAAGAGCUAGAGUAUAAUGACAGCCAACAAUUAAAUGUUGAGUUGAGAAGAUUGAGUUGAAAAAAAAGAAAGAAGAAAGAAUAAAUAAAUAAAUAAAGAAUCAUAAAUUAAACGAAACAAAUAAUAAGGAUUGUUUCGUGUCUUAUAUGUAAUAUUGUUGACACGCUGACAAGUUUUAUUGUUAACUUGAAAUUACAAGUGAAUUAAAGAGAAACAAAAGAGAAAGAUUAUUUGAGAGAAGAAAAUAAAAUUUCCAAUGACAGUAUAAUUAAAGGAGGACAAUUGAACAAUUGUAUAUUGUCGCUAAAUUCCAUCUACUAUUUAUUUUAUUCGUCGGUUAACAUUUAACAAUCAAGUGUGUGUGUAAUAGAGAACUGAAGAAACCGAAGAUUGAUAAAACAAAAAAUCAACAUUAAAAUAUAAAAACAGGAAAAAUGAAAGCAAGUUGAAUGAAAAAGGAAGAUACACGCAUCAAUUUACUAUAUUAUAGCCAGUCGUCAUUAAAUUAAAAUUCACAUUUUCUAGCGAGUACAAUAUUAUUAUUAUUAUUAUUAUUAUUAUUAAUAUUAUUAUUAUUAUUACGAAGGAAAGAGCGCAUGAGGAGAAAGCAGAGUAAACUAAAAAAAUUACAUUAAGUUAUUUAAGUUCCAAUGUAACAUCAAUGGUAACUUUAAUUUAUUGUUAUUUUAUUAUUUUUUUUUUUAAUUUGACUCACAUAUAAAAAAAAACUGACGAUUAUAUCGUUAAAAAAAAAACGUCUUUUUCUCUCGUAUUCGCUUUCCUUCCUCAUUUUUUUUUCUUUUUUUAAUUUUAUUUAUAAUUUAUUUCCAUCACCAUCAACGUCCGCCUCUUUAAUAGACACUUGAAACAAAAUAAAUCACAAUCAUAAUUUAAAACAAUAAAAUAAAUAAACAAAAGCACAUUUACAUACAUAAAUAUAUUUAAUCUUUCUUUUUUUUUUUUUUUUUUUUCCAUCUACCAAUAAAAUACAGAGUGAGUCCUGGAAUAAUUAAUAACAUUAAGUAUUGAUUUUUAAUGACAAUUGCAUAAAUUAAUAAUAAUAAUUAUGCCGCAAGAGUUGUGAGGCAUUGUGAACUGAUACUAUCAUUCUCAUGAUUGUUAUCCUCUUUCUCCCCAAUUAAAUAAAAUUUGGAUUAUUGAUAAUACGAGAGUAAAAAAAAUAAAAAUAAAAUAUUAAAAUCCAUUUGUCAUUUUCUCCGGAUUGUAUGUUCUUAUUAAUUAAUUUUUAUCCAUUUAAUAUUAAUCUCAAUUUCCAUUCUAACUUUAUAUAAUAACAAGAGAAAUACAAAAGAUAAAAAAAUAUUUAACAUGCCGGAGAUUAUUAAUAUUUAAACAUUUAAUAAUUCGUGUUAAUGUUCAAGAAUAAUGUGAGGUCGAGAGAGGAUAAAAGUGAAAUCAUGUAAAAUUGUAUGUUGUACAUUUUUGUUAAAAAAAAAAAAAAAAAAAAAAAAAAAAAAAAAAAAAUCUAGUUCUUCUCGCUUUUUCAUUCAAUUUGUUUCACACUUUUUUAAAAUAUUUUUUAUUUAAAUUAUACAUAUUUUUUUUUCUUUUCUUACAUAUAAGUUAUAACUUGUCGAUAUUACAUUAGCAAAAUUUGUCGAUUGAUUCAGUUGCUCUCAUUUUCUGGGUAAAUAAAAACUAAUAUAUAUAUAUAUAUAUAUAUAUAUAUAUAUAUAUAUAUAUAUAUAUAUAAAAUAUAUUUAAGAUCACAAAAAAUGGAGACGAUCCUCAAACAUCCGCAGUCGGAAAGGCGCGUGUUCGUUUAAAUGGUGAGAAAACAUUUUUUUAUUUUAAUAUAAAUAAAAAAAAAAAAAAAAAAAAAAAAAUAUGUACUACAAAAUUACGCGAAUUAAAAUCACCGGCAAUUAAUAAGUAAAGUGUUGUAUAAUAAAGGAAGAAAAUAUUAAAUUAAAUAAAAUCAUUCACAUUUAAUGUCCUUCCAAUUUAAGCAGCGAUUUCGAGAGAAAAAAAUAUAUAUUAUAAAUAUAUAUUUAUCAACAUAAAAUAAAAACUAAAUAUUUGUAUGUUACUUGUAAUUGUCAUCCAACAAUACAUUAAAUGUAUUGCAUACGUAACUAAUUACACUUGCAUCAAAAUAACAUGUCAAAGAAAUUUUGAAACAAUUUAAAUUUAAUCAACGAGCGCUCUUUCUCUGUCGUGCAUUUAUGUGUAUAUUUCAAACAAAAAAUUAAUAUUAUACAUUUGGAUAAACGUUUUACUGUCGUGUUGAUAUUUUUAAAUGUUGUGUCGCUGUCUGUCCAAAGUACAGAAAAAAAAAAUUGGUUAAUUAACAUGCCAAGCGAACAAGAUAAUUAAAAUUGCAUAUACGUGUGCCUAUUAGGCUGUUUAAUAUUGAUCAUUUUUUUUUAAUGUUAUAAAUAAUUGUCUUAUUAAAAAAUUAUGCUUAUUUAUUAA